CUCAUUACUCUUAACACCACACCAGUCACACACCCUUAAAUGUUCUUCAGUCUUUGUCGCCUUCAUCUCAUCACCACAACGUUUACGGUCAAGUUGGAUGGUGUUGAGAGCAAAGAGUAGCAAACAACAAUAAAGCAAACAGAGAAGAGACUUACUUGAGAAAAGAAUGAAAUCUUCAAGACCAUUCACUGUCUUUUCAUUUCUUUCGAUUUUGGCUUUAUAUUUUUCAUUAUACACCAUUACACCAACCUCUUCUUCACCCUCCCUACAAGACCAAUUCAUCAAAUGUGUCCAAAGAAACACUCAUGUUUAUUUCCCACUCGAGAAAACGUUCUUUGAUCCCGCUAAAAACGUCUCUAUGUUCAGCCAAGUCCUUGAAUCGACGGCUCAAAAUCUCCGGUUCUUGAAAAAAUCCUUGCCUAAACCGUGGUUUAUAAUCAACCCUAUUCAUGAGUCUCACGUCCAAGCUUCCAUCAUAUGUGCCAAGAAACUUGGAAUGCAUCACCGUGUUAGAAGCGGUGGUCACGACUAUGAAGGCUUGUCUUAUGUCUCACAGAUCGUCAAACCGUUUAUAUUACUGGAUCUGUCAAAGAUGAGACAAGUAGACGUUAAUAUUAAAGACAACACUGCUUGGGUUCAAUCUGGUGCCACAGUUGGUGAGCUUUAUUACAGGAUUGCGGAGAAGAGCAAAGUCCAUGGGUUCCCCGCGGGUUUGUGCUCGAGCUUAGGCGUAGGAGGGCACAUAACAGGCGGUGCAUACGGUUCUAUGAUGAGAAAAUACGGUCUUGGUGCAGACAAUGUUCUAGACGCAAAGAUCGUUGAUGCCAAUGGUAGAUUACUCGACAGAGCCGCGAUGGGUGAGGAUACAUUUUGGGCUAUUAGAGGAGGUGCUGGAGGGAGUUUUGGGAUCAUUCUAGCUUGGAAGAUCAAGCUUGUUCCUGUUCCUAAGACAGUGACAGUCUUUACCGUCACCAAAACGUUACAACAAGACGUUGGCAACAAGAUUAUCUCAAAGUGGCAAAGAGUCGCGGACAAGCUUGUUGAAGAGCUGUUCAUCAGAGUGCUCUUCAACGUAGCUGGAACUGGUAAGAACAAGACUGUGACCAUGUCCUACAACACUCUGUUUCUUGGCGGGAAAGGCACAUUGAUGAAUGUUAUGAAGAAGAGUUUCCCGGAGUUAGGGCUAACACUGAAAGAUUGUAUCGAAAUGAGCUGGCUUGAAUCCAUUUCUUACAUCUCUGGUUUCCCAGUCCACACUCCUACUAAUGUCUUGCUUAAAGGGAAGUCACCUUACCCAAAGAUCAGCUUCAAAUCCAAAUCGGAUUUCGUGAAAACCCCGAUUCCCGAAUCCGGGCUUCAAGGUAUCUUCAAGAAGCUACUUAAAGAAGAUAUUCCAUUGAUGAUAUGGACGCCUUACGGAGGAAUGAUGGCGAAAAUCCCCGAAUCUCAAAUCCCUUUCCCGCAUAGAAAAGGAGUACUCUUCAAGAUUCAAUACGUAACGAGUUGGCUAGACAAUGACAAGAUGCCGAGCAGACACAUCAACUGGGUCAGAGAUCUCCACAAUUACAUGACGCCGUAUGUCUCAAGUAAUCCAAGACAAGCUUACGUGAACUACAGAGAUCUAGACCUAGGAAAGAACACGAAAGAUACAAAAACUUGCUUCAAACAAGCUCAAGGCUGGGGAGCUAACUACUUCAAAAACAAUUUCAACAGAUUGGUUAGGAUUAAAACAAAGGUUGAUCCAAAGAACUUCUUCAGACACGAACAGAGCAUCCCACCUAUGCCCUAACGACAACUUUAUCAAGAAACAAAUAAGAAUAAACUAGAAGAGAUCAUAUUAUGGUUCUUCUGUGUUUCAGAAAGAAAAGAAAAGUGUGCUAGCUAUGUUUGUAGUAGUUUUCUUCACCUAUAAUUUCGAAAUGUAUUGCUUCUUAGUACUUA